CACACGACCAGCGCGUCAACAUGCUGCGUUCCGUUCGUCUUACGGCUCUUGCCCCGCGCCUGCGGGCUGGAUUCGCUUCGGCUGCCAACGCCGCUGCUGCCGAGGAGCAGGACGUGGUGGUCAUCGGUGGCGGGCCUGGUGGCUACGUCCACGCCAUCAAGGCUGCCCAGCUGGGCAUGAAGGUCACCUGCGUUGAGAAGCGCGGCUCUCUUGGCGGUACCUGCCUCAACGUUGGGUGCAUUCCGUCGAAGAACCUGCUGCACACGACGCACCUGUACCACCUGUCGAAGGGGUACUUUGAGGAGCACGGAAUUGUGGUUCCCGGCGAGGGCACGUCGAUCGACGUGGCCAAGAUGAUGGAGUCCAAGCAGGAGGCUGUGACGACGCUGACUCGCGGUAUCGAGGGCCUGUUCAAGAAGAACGGCGUGACGUACUCGCAGGGCUGGGGCAAGAUCACGUCGCCGAACGAGGUGACGGUCGACCUCAACGACGGCGGGCAGGAGGUGAUUCCGGCCAAGAAGAUUGUGAUUGCCACCGGUUCGGACCCGAUCGAGCUUCCGUUCAUGCCGUAUGACGAGAAGAAGGUGGUGUCGUCGACUGGCGCGCUGGCGCUGGAGGAGGUGCCCAAGAAGAUGGCGGUCAUUGGCGGUGGCGUCAUCGGCCUCGAGCUCGGCUCUGUCUGGGCGCGGCUCGGCGCCGAGGUCACCGUCAUCGAGUUUAUGCCUGCCAUUGGUGCCGGUAUGGACGCGGAGAUUGCCAAGAACUUCCAGCGCAUCCUCAAGCGCCAGGGCCUCAAGUUUAUGACGUCGACCAAGGUGACCGGCGCCGACACUUCGGGCGACGGCGUGGUCAUCCACACUGAGGCCGCCAAGGGCGGCAAGGCCAAGUCGCUCGACGUCGAUGUGGCUCUUGUCUCGGUUGGCCGCCGCCGGUUCAUUGACGGGCUCGGCCUCGAGGACGUCGGUGUGGCCACCGACGAGCGCGGCAUGGUGCUUACUGACGAGAACUUCCAGACCAACGUGCCGUCCAUCUACGCCAUUGGCGACGUCCGCGACGGUGCCAUGCUCGCCCACAAGGCUGAGGAGGAGGGUGUUGUCCUCGCCGAGGCUUUCCACGGCGAGGGCUUUGCUCUUGACUACAACUCGAUCCCCUCGGUCAUCUACACCUCGCCCGAGGUCGCCUGGGUCGGCAAGAAUGAGGAGGAGCUCAAGGAGGCCGGCGUCGCCUACAACGUCGGCACCUUCCCCAUGGCUGCCAACUCGCGUGCCAAGGCCUGCGGUUACGCCGACGGCAUGAUCAAGGUCAUCGCCGACAAGGAGACCGAUGCUAUCCUUGGCGUUCACCUCAUCGCCGAGUCCGCCUCGGAGCUCAUUCCCGAGGCCGUCCUUGGCGUCGCCUUUGGCGCCUCGUCCGAGGACAUCGCCAUGACCUGCCACGCCCACCCGACCCAGUCGGAGGCCCUCAAGGAGGCGUGCAUGGCGGUUACCGGCAAGCCCAUCCACUUUUAAGCAGAGGGAGUGUGUUAAACGCCUGCGUUGGAGUCAGA